AUGCCGGCUAUUCUGCUUUGGAAUGUCCAGAUGAAGGGAGCUGUGAAAGCUUCAGUUGCUGUCAUGCUUGCGCUCGCUUCUUUUGCCUCAUGUGCUACCAUCGUCCGCCUCAAGUACCUCACACUCUACAGUGACCCUGGCGAGUUCAUGUACAGUACGGGCAAAAUCGGCUUCUGGUCCUUGACCGAAGUCGGCAUUGGCCUCAUCGCCGGUUCGCUACCUCCUCUUCGCCCUCUCCUAUCCCUGCGCAUUAGGGUAUCCGCCGGCUCCAAUACUCCUGAUGCAUCUGGCGGACAAGCAUACCAAUCUGGAAUAAACAAUCGGCAGCCCACCUCGCGCUCCCGCGUGAUAGCCAUGGACACGUUCCAGACCUUGGGCGACAAUGACGAGGCCGAUAAUAGUGAUGGAGACUCUCAGAAGAAUAUCAUAAAGGAGACGAAGUUCACAGUAACUUCGGUCAUUGCUGGAGGUCCUCGAGACCCGGGGCCUAUGGCUUGGGAUCGUAAGGAAGGAAGCAACGUCUGA